GGGCCAGGGCCAGGGCCAGGGCCAGGGCGGGAGAAACACUUCGCCAUCCGCGAUUAGACGAGAAGCAGAAAAGCGGCGCAGCCACUGAGCCGACUCCGCCGUCCCGGGGCACCGCCUCUCUCCUUCCCCGCCCACGGCCCGCGGAGCCUCCGGAGGAGCCGGAGGCGGGGCGACCUUUGCUCGGUCCCGGAGCCGCCCGGCCGCGGAGGCAGGUGUUGGCGCCCCCCGAACCCCGAGCCCUCCCGGGGCCGCGCCGCUUCCUGCUCGCCCUCCCACCCGGACCGGCUGGGCCCCGGCGGCCGCUUCUGGACGCCCGCACCUCGGGCCGCGGUUUCGGUCACACCCGCCCGCGAGUGGUUUCGAUUGCGACUGGCGGCCGGUCGGGAGGGCGGAGCGGCCGGCAGGAGCGCCCGGAGGGAGCUGGGGGCGCGCGGGAGUGAGCACCGUCCCGCAGCGCGCGCCGACCGAACAGCCGCCGGAGACAGCGGGCCGCAGGCCCCCGCCCGCGGCGGCGCCCGUGCCGACCUCGGGGCCGGAGCCCCGCGCUUCCGGGGCCGUCGGGGCCUGAGAUCGCAGGGCCGCGGGGCCGAGGAGGCGUCGGGGGAGAAGGCAGGCAGCAGGUGAGCGGCCCGCGGGAGCGCGGCCCGACGCCCGGAGAUGCGGACGCCGGCGGUGAUGACGCUGGGCAUGGUGCUGGCGCCCUGCGGGCUGCUGCUGACCCUGACCAGCACGCUGGCGCCCGGCUGGCGCCUGGUGAAGGGCUUCCUGGACCAGCCGAGGGACGUGGUGCUGUACCAGGGCCUGUGGGACAUGUGCCGCGAGCAGAGCAGCCGCGAGCGCGAGUGCGGCCAGGAGGACCAGCUGGGCUACUUCCAGGCCGAGCCGGUGCUGGUGGCGCGGGGCCUGAUGGUCACCUCGCUGGCCGUCACCGCCCUGGGGCUGCUGCUGGCGUCGCUCGGGGUGCGCUGCUGGGCGGACGAGCCCCACUACGUGCUGGCCGGCGCCUCGGGCGUGGCGCUCUUCGCCGCGGGCCUCCUCAGCCUCAUCCCGGUGUCCUGGUACAACCACUUCCUGCAGGACCGCGCCGUGCUGCCCGCGCCCGCCAGCCCGGUCACGGUGGAGGUCAGCUACAGCCUGGUGCUGGGCUACCUGGGCAGCUGCCUGCUGCUGCUGGGCGGCCUCUCGCUGGCGCUCAGCUUCGCGCCCUGGUGCGAGGAGUGCUGUCGCCGCCGCCGCAAGGCGUCCCGCACCAGCCCGCGCCACCCCAGCAUCAGCACCGUGUACGUCGACUGGCCCCCGCCCGCGCUCACGCCAGCCAUCAAGUACUACAGCGACGGCCAGCACCGGCCGCGGCCCGCCGAGGCCGGCCCCGCCGCUGCCAGGCCCAAGGUGGGCUUCCCCAUGCCGCGGCCGCCGCCCAAGACCUACACCAACCCGGUGGACGUGCUCGAUGGGGAGGCGGGGGCCGGCUCCCAGGGCGCCUCCUCGCGCAGCACCCGGCCCUGCCAAAGCUCCCUGCCCUGCGACUCCGACCUGUAGGCGGCGCCCGCCAGCCUUGGCGGGGGACUCGCCGCCACCGUCCAGCUGUAAGCCGCUGGGAACACCUGGCUACCUUGCCCCUGGGAACACCUGGCUGGGAGUCGGACCCCUGGACCCCUUUCCUGUUCCUGUAGAUGGUUUGGAGGGUGAUCGUCCUUUCCUGCGGCCAAAUUGGACUCCUCGGACGAUGGGCUCAGGUUGGGUUGGGCUUUCUUUUUACAGAGGUUAGUUUUUCUCUCCAGAGGGACCAGGGGCCUCUCAUAGAGUGACAGACUUUUCCUACUUUGAGCUGAAGGACAUAGAGCGACUUUGCAUCGUGUUGACCGGGGACAAUAACAACAACAAGCCCACAUCAGCAAACUUAGAGGCUCAAAAACUACUUGACACCUUGAAACAAUAUUCUGAAAUGCCGGUGAACUUUGCAUCAACGUAAUUAAACAUUAUUAAUUUCUUCCUGCUGUAUAAUUACUUUUCAAGCAAACUCUCAGAGACCCGUGUGUUGCUGGCUAUGUAUGAAUGAGGCUCUUAAAAAUAAAUGCAGAGCCAUGCAAAUACCAGCAGCGUUAGUGGCUUUUAUGGCAUGAAAUGACCUGAUUAACCUAUAUUUACGUUUCUUUAUGUACACCUAACAUAUCUUUUUUUAUUACUUAUUUUUGGUGUGAAAGUUGAGGUCACACCAGAGUUUCCCUUCUAGAAGCCAAAGAAGAAUGAAAGGACUAAUGCUAUACUGUUGUGUCCCUUGGCUACCUCACCCUAGAGAGAGAGGACCAGGGAUUAAACAUUUGGUGCAGAAUGGAACAUGUUGAUCACUUUAGGUUAAAGUAUAUGUGUUUAUGUAUCUCUCAUUUAUAAAUAAAAUUUGAAAGUAAGACUCUCA